CAGACGUCCGUAGGAAUGAAACUCUCGGAGCUCGGACGACCAUCCACGGAAAUAUAUAGUCCAUGGCCGAGACCCGACGAUUCGCUCGUCAGUGGCGAUCCCUUCGCGAAACUUUCCGAGAGCCGUUCGUGUCGUUCCGUUGGCGAUCGCGGGACUCCGUACAGUCCGGACUCGGAACUCUCGCGAAAUCGCAUCACUUAUCGAACAAUGGCCGCGGUACUUGGACGUGUGAUUGUGUACGGGGGCAAGGGUGCCCUCGGCUCGGCCUGCGUAUCGCAAUUCAAAUCGCAAAAUUGGUGGGUUGGUUCCAUUGACAUGAAGCCAAACGAGCAAGCAGACGCAAAUGUGAUUGUAAAUCCUGACAAUAAUUGGCAGCAACAGCAAACGGAGAUCUUGGACCAAAUUAAAGAUACAUUGAAAGACGAAAAAGUCGAUGGCAUUAUUUGCGUGGCUGGGGGAUGGGCUGGUGGUAAUGCGGCGAAUAAAGAUCUCGUGAAAAACUGCGAUCUGAUGUGGAAGCAAAGCGUUUGGAGUUCCAUUAUCGCGGCCAGUGUCGCGGCCGAAUACCUGAAGGAAGGGGGAUUCCUUUCUUUGACUGGUGCUAAGCCAGCGCUAGGAGAAACACCAGGUAUGAUUGGCUAUGGGAUGGCAAAGGCAGCUGUUCAUCAGUUGACGAAAUCUUUGGCAGCUAAAGAUAGCGGUCUUCCCUCCAACAGUUUGGUAGCUUGCAUACUACCAGUUACUUUAGAUACGCCAAUGAACAGGAAAUGGAUGCCUAAAGCUGAUACAAGCACAUGGACUCCGCUCGAGUUUGUGUCAAAUUUGUUCUGGAAAUGGUCUCAAAACCAAGAUCGGCCUGCUAACGGUUCACUCCUGCAACUCAUUACUAAGGAUAAUAAAACGGAGCUGAUCGCGGCUAAGAUAUAAAGAUAUCGAACGAAUAAAACCCAUGGGAACAAAAGUCUUGAAGCAUUUAUGACAAUACGAUAAUAAAUAUAUCUCGUUUAUGGUGUUAUAUAGAGAAGACAGAUUUUUUCAGAGGCGGCAAGUUUUCCGAAAGUUCUUUUUAUAUUAAAAAGCAUAUAUAUGUUUUUGAUAUUUUUAAACGUCCAUUCCAAUAUAUAUAUAUUUUUGUAUGUUGUUGUAUACAUAAGUCGUUUAAUUAUUUAAUGGAAAAGGUAAUUUUCGUGCAUGUGCAUACAUUAACAUAUCUGUUUUUGUUGUGACUGUAGAAAAAAUAUAUAUAUACAUAUAUUAAAUGUUGCAAAAAGAAAAGAUAGUUCACUUAAAGCAUCACAAA